AUGCCUAUCGAUAUAUUGACAAAUGCCUUUGUUAAUGGGCCAGAAAUCAUUCCCGGUUGGCCCUAUAUCAAAGCUUAUGGCCCUUUAGCUUUAACUUUGGGUAUCACUAAAUACUAUUUUAGAGGCUCAGUAAAUACUUGGGAAAGAGAUAUGCAUGGUAAAGUUUAUAUGGUCACUGGAGGUACCUCGGGUUUGGGGGCAGAAAUAGUUAGAGAAAUAGCAAGUAAAGGAGCUCAAAUAAUCUUACUUGUCAGAUCAGUCCAAGAUUCUUGGUUAAUCGAGUAUAUUGAAGAUUUAAGAGAGAGUACUGAUAAUUUCAUGAUUUAUGCCGAAGAAUGUGAUUUGGAUUCUUUAUAUUCUGUAAGAAAGUUUGCUACUAAAUGGUUAGAUAAUCAGCCACCAAGAAGAUUAGAUGGUGUGAUCUGUUGUGCAGCAGAAACCAUUCCUAUAGGUAAAACCAGACAAACCACUAUUGACGGAAUCGAAAAACAAAUGGGUGUGAAUUAUUUGGCUCAUUAUCAUUUAUUAACGUUGUUGGCUCCUAGUUUGAGAUCACAGCCUCCUGAUAGAGACGUUCGAGUAUUAAUAGCCACUUGUGCCACUCAAGCUUUAGGUCAAAUAGAUUUGAAUGAUUUAGUAUUCGAAAAUACAAGAUAUGAAACGAGAAAACCUUACAAAUUAUAUGGAACUUCCAAGUUAUUACUCGGAUUGUUCGCCAAAGAUUUCCAAAGAAGGUGUAAUGAAUAUGAAAGAAAGGAUAAAGCCCCAACCAACGUUAAAAUAAAUCUCAUUAACCCAGGUUUAAUGAGAACUCCAAGUACAAGAAGAUUUUUGUCAAUGGGAUCUAUUUGGGGACUUAUAAUCUAUAUGAUUUUAUAUCCUAUAUGGUUCAUUUUCUUCAAAAAUGCUUAUGAGGGUCAACAAUCAUUCUUGUUUGCAUUAUGGUCACCUAUAUUCCUCACUAUGAAUGGGGGACAAUUAAUUCAAGAAUGUAAAGUAUUGAAACCUAGUAGAAAAGAAUUUCAAGAUGUAGAAUUACAGAAAACUAUAUUCGACAAAACAGAAGAACUUAUAAGUAGAGUUGAAAAACAAAGUGCUAUUGAAAGGAAAAGACAAGAAAAGAUUGAAGAAAUGUCAAAAUCUAAAGAACAACGAUUAAAAGAAGCUAAAGAAAGACAUUUAGCUGAAUUAAAGAAAAAACAAGAUUUAACUGAAAAACCUCAAGAUACUGAAGAAUUACAAUCCAAGUUGAAUUUCUUAAGACAACAAAUCAAUAAAGAAGUAUUAUUCCCGGAAGAUGUCAGUUCAGCUACUAAUGCCAUCAAAUCCAAUAAAUCCAACUCUAAAUCAAAGAAGAGUAAGAAAUAG